AUGUGCCGCAGGGAGGAGGACGUCGUGCCCGGAUCGGGGCUGUCUCGCGACUCGGAUGGGCCCUCCGCACAGCUCCGAAGGGUGGAAGGAAGAGAGCGCGAAGAGGAGGAAAGGGGCAGACGACCGAGGCUGGAGGGACUCUACGAAUCCGUAUUUGAUGCAACGUGGAGUCACGUCGUGGGAUUUCCCGAGGGCGAAGGGGAAUGCAUGAUGGUGCGAAUGGAGGUGAGAGAGGGCCAACGGCCACAAGAGUUAUGGGAGUACACGCAGACUGUGCGUACUUUUCUCUCAGUGGGUGGUGAGGAGCAGUUCCGUCCACCAUGCCCAAAACACAUGAUCCUUUCCUUUUAA